UCAAUUCUUCCUUCGAGUAGAAGCAUGCACGUUUUCGUUUUCCUUUCUCUGUGCUUCUGUGUGUGUGGGUAGAGAUCAGAACAACCAGGAAAACGAUGGGGAGCGAAAACGAGCCCGCGAAGCUCCUCCUUCCAUACCUUCAGAGAGCGGAUGAGUUGCAGAAACAUGAGCUCCUCGUUGCUUAUUACUGUCGAUUGUACGCGAUGGAACGAGGAUUGAGGAUUCCUCAGAAGGACCGCACGAAAACUACUAAUGCUAUUCUUGUUUCGCUAAUGAAUCAGCUUGAGAAGGAUAAGAAGUCAUUGAAGUUGGGCCCAGAUGACAAUUUAUAUGUGGAGGGAUUUGCAUCGAGUGUUUUUGGGAAAGCAGAUAAGCAAGACCGAGCUGGGCGAGCUGACCUGAAUACUGCAAAAACUUUUUAUGCUGCAAGCAUAUUCUAUGAGAUUCUUAACCAAUUUGGUGAACUCCAGCCUGAUCUUGAACAAAAACAGAAGUAUGCAGCCUGGAAAGCAGUGGACAUACGGAAAGCUUUGAAAGAAGGACGGAGGCCUGAACCGGGACCCCCUGGUGGUGAUCAAGAUCUAUCAAUCCCAUCAAGCACACCAACUGCUACAUAUGACCUUGGACCAAGUGAAACCAAUUCAGUAAACCUUCCAGGAGCAGGAGCUGAUGCAUCCCCUCAGUUCCAUGAUAAUCUUACGCGCCUACCUUCUACAAACAUUAUGACAUCACCUCCCACGUUCCCAAAUGCUGAUUACCCUUCCAGUGACUUCCAUCCUCCACCAGUUCAGAGACAAGAAAGUUCUGCUUACUCUCAGGCCUACCAUCAACCCUAUGGACAUGAAUCUCAACAAUCAUUGCCUCAAAAUUAUUCUUCCCAAGAACCAUCCCCUUCGCCCCAAUCUUACCCUAAUUUUCAAUCUUAUCCUAGUUUUACUGAGAGCAGUCUUCCUACUGCUCCAUCACACUAUCCCUCUUACUUCCAAGGUUCUGAAGCUUCCUAUCAGUCAGCUCCACCAGUUUCAAGCCACCCAUUAGCAGGGCAGUACACUCCUACUGGCAUGAAUGGGAGUAACCAUGCAGAAUCUCCACUGACUUCUACCCAGACUUUUCAUUACGACAGCAACUACCAGCCACCACCUGAAAUGGUUGCUGAGGCACACAAGGCUGCAAGGUUUGCUGUGGGGGCUUUGGCAUUUGAUGAUGUGCAGGUCGCAGUGGAUUUUCUCAGAAAAUCUCUUGAACUGCUAACAAAUCCAUCUUCAAAUCACUAAUUUUACGUGUGAACUUGCAGAAAUGGGUUUAUGGGACUGACGUGUACUGUAUGGUUUUGUAUAUAUGGAUUUGCCAUUGGUGGAAAAUGAUGAGUUAUGUGAUCUUAAUUCCUCUACAUCCUCCACAUUUCAUUUGUAAAUUAUGGUAAUGCUUGAGAAUUGUGGUAACCUUGGUACAAACAGUGAGGCUUGCAGUUGGCAGGGAUGGUUUCAUACAAUUUUUAUCAUUCAUUGUAAUAAGGCACAAUGUUGUUUCCAUGCAUAUGAUGCAUAUGGCAGGUGACUGUUCUGUUAAUAAACCAUUUCGGCUACAA